UCACCCAGCUUCAUGAUCAAACACACACACACACACACACACACAUACAUACAUACAUACAUACACACACAGGCUAGAGCAGAACCGAGGAACACAUUGUUCCAGGUUCUUGACAAGGUGUCAGCUCUCUUACAACUGAAUUACAACACUUACUCGACCGGGAACCGACCUCAGACAUUACGGAAUCUACACCUUUGAGGAUUUAGUACGGAAAACCCACCACUUUAGGAAUAAUUUCGACAGCGCACCACGGCAGGACGUGAACAGGCAUUUUUACGGAUAUGAAGACUAAAAAGGGUAUGCUGGCCACUUCUGGCAGUGAGACAGAAGAUGAGGAUAACAUUGAUGUCCCUCUGGAUCUUUCUUCGUGUCGUGGAUCUGCAGCCAAAAGAAAACGGAGAGGCAACCUGCCUAAAGAAUCUGUACAGAUUCUCAGAGAUUGGCUUUAUGAACACCGAUAUAAUGCCUACCCUUCAGAACAGGAAAAGGCACUGCUCUCAAAAGAGACUCAUCUUUCCACACUUCAGGUGUGUAACUGGUUCAUUAAUGCCCGUCGAAGACUCCUGCCAGAGAUGCUACGAAAGGAUGGUAAAGACCCAAACCAGUUUACCAUUUCACGCCGUGCCAGCAAGGCACCUGAGGGCAUGACUGACAGCUCACACUCACCUAAACAUGAUAGCUGUGAGCCUGGCUCACCUGCUUGUCCAGACAGCGUGACUAUUUCCACCAGUUACCCCAAAAAAACAGCAUCACCCACAACACCACCUUCACCCACUCUGGCCCGUCCCUCUGUCAUUUGCCAUACUACCAUCACGGCUACAGGUCCAAAGGUCGACGGGACCACAGACUUAGCAGUCUUCAGCUACCCAUCAGGCACAGGACUGGGCACAGAAUUCAACACCCCACCACCUACCCCUCCUGACCUGACAGCACAGGACUUCAGUGGCUUCCAGCUUCUUGUGGAUGUGGCUUUGAAGAGAGCUGCUGAGUUGGAGCUUCAGGCUAAACGAGUGCUCGCUUAAAUACCGGAAAUGGAUGGAUAGGUAGAGAAUAGAUGUUUCAUAAACAUUAAUUCCUGGCCCCAAACCCUUUUUGAAGUGUACAUUGCAGGGAGACUGGGCAUGUGACUUGGUGACAGAAAGUGUUGAUGAAUCGUAAAGUCCUAAUCAUUUCUAUUUUUGCUAAAUGUAAAUCAAAUCUGUUCAAAUUUGGUAUUACUAUUCAGUUUAAGGGGCCAUUGCAGUCCACACCUUUUUGUAUUUCAUUUGUGUAUAGAAAUAUGUAUAUCUUUCUUUUUUGCACAUGUGACCAAAAAUAUAUACACAAAGACUUUGUAGAUUUUGAGGAGAGAAACUUGUAUCUUCUGUUAUAGUUUUCCAUUAUAUUUUUGCAAAUAUUUGGUUCUGUGAUUCACCAACCCACCCCCUGAGCCCCGCCUCAUUUGUAGAGAAUGGUUCUCCAGUUUAUUCUGUCCAAUUUUUUUUUGCACAAUAUAGCAGAUCAUUUUUCAGCCACCCUGAUUCUCUAAUGUACUGUUAUCACUACUGUUCCACCUUGAUACAUAUAGAAUUUUACUUGUUUUUUAUUUUGUUUCUGUCAUCUUUUUUUUUGAAUAAUGUGUUUAGUUUGUUGUUGUUGUUUUUUUCUUGAGGUAUUUUCAGAUGUAGCAUAACUUUAAUCUGGGAUUCUCUCAGAACACUCAGUGUAGAAACAGCCAGUGAAUGUGCCCCUCCUCUCAACAUAAACACACAUAUACACUUAAAUGUCUGUCUGCUUCACGCCACCCCCAAAAGCCCCAACCUGCACCUCCUCCACACAUUUUGCACCCUAGCGAGCUUGAGGAAUGAACACUACAUAAUUUGCAUGUAUGGAAUGUGCCUUUAUAUUUUAUUGUGUUAAGACAUCACUACCCACAGAAAGAAGGAAAAUGCUUUUACAUCAACUAAAUGGAGGAAGACAGAAUUAAUUCCAAAAUUAUGCAUCAUAGUCAUAGACAAGGUGUCUAACUGUGAGUCCUCUUUUAUUUUGUGCAAUGUUUGUGGCAAAUAGGGGUCACAUGUUUAAAUAAAGUUUUGUUUUCUACAAAGUG